CUCUGUGUCUGGUCUACUGGUUCUCUCCUGGUAUUUAGUUCUACUGUGACUCUGUGUCUGGUCUACUGGUUCUCUCCAGGUGAUGCCCUAGACAUAGCAGACCUGACUUUGGUGAACCCUGACCCCAUGGUGACAUCAUCAGACUCUUCCUACUGUGUCAGUAGUGACUGGACUCCCGGCAAGACAGUACUACCUCCAGCUCCAGCAAUAUCCUGGAUACCCCUGACCCACCCCCAGAGCCUGCCCGUCCGUCCGAUACAGCCUACCCCAUGCUCCAAGAUUGAGUGGAAGACUCGCAGUGAUAUCUUUGGAGAAUUCUACUGCAGGGCCAAAAAGAGUGAUACAAAUCAGAUAUACACAUAUAAGAUGCUGAAUGAAGCUGCAUUCCUGCCAAAGUCGCUAACCAUCACAGUCAGUAUAGGAGAAGAUGUCAACAUCUGUUUCACUCGCAGGAAAGUGUUCGCAGAGGACGCAGUCAUCUUUAAGAAUGGCUCCUUCAUUCACUCAGUACCUAAGAAUGAGAUCCCAGACAUCCUGGUGUACACCGUCCAGGGAGUGGCGUCUUCAGACGCAGGUCUCUACACAGCCAGGUCCAUCGCUGGAGCCAAGUCCACAUCAGCCAUCACCAGGCUCAUCGUCAGAAAAUGCAAGCCUGGCCUGUGGGGUCCUGGCUGUGAACAUAGCUGUCCUGUGUGUUCCAACGGAGGGGUCUGUCAUGACGAGACAGGAGAGUGUAUCUGUCCACCUGGCUUCAAGGGACAAACCUGUGAAACUGUGUGUGGCGAGGGUAAGUUUGGGAGGACGUGUAAAGAGUGGUGUAGAGAUGGAUCCUGCAGGUCCAUGGUGUUCUGUCAGAGAGACCCAUUCGGCUGCUCCUGUGGUAGGUGGAGAGGAUUCAACUGUAGUGAAGCUUGUCCUCCAGGGUUCUACGGGGCCGGCUGCAGGCUGACGUGUGAGUGGUGUGACAAGGGAAAGUGUGACCGUUUCCGUGGCUGUGUGAAAGGACGACACGGUGCUCGCUGCGAAAGAGAAGACAGGGCGCCCGUUGUGGUCAGUAACCUGAUCGAUACAGAGUUGAACGCUGGGACUCACGCAUCGUCAACUGCAUUUGACACUGAUACGGUGGAUGACCAGACCACGUCUACCUUUAGGGUGGAUAAGAUCACGGAGCGAGAUACUGGCCGUUGGAUCUGCCAGGUGAAAACUACAGCAGGGCAGGCGGAGAGAGAGUUCACGGUUAUUGUCCAAGUCCCUCCAAAGCCCCUGAACCCUCCCAUGUUGAACGGCAGUGGUCCACAUCACCUGGUUGUGUUGGUCAAUAAGGAGCCGUAUACAGGAGAUGGACCAGUGACCUCUGUCAAGGUCAUCUACAAGCAGGUCAAUACCUCUGUAUGGAAGACCGUUGAAGUGGUUGGCCCAGUGGUGAAGCUAGAGAACCUGUCUCCGAUGACCCAGUAUACCACCUUCGUCCAGCUGAGUCGCCAUGGCGCCGGAGGGGCGGUUCCCGGGCCAGAGGCCAGCUUCUCCACACAGAUGCUUUGUUUUGUGGUGGAAUGUGUUCCGAGCUCUGACCCUGGGAAUGUGAAGAUUUACCAGCUCCAGCUGAAGCCCAGACACAAGUAUGAGGUCAGGGUGAGGAUGAUGACGGUGUCAGUGGGACAACACAGCCAGCCUGUCUCUGCAUGGACACUCAGCAACG